GUGUAUAUAUAGCUUAUAUUGCUACAUACCCAACAUUCUUAGAAUCAUAUAGUCACAGCUGAAACUAGCAAAUAUAAACAAACCAUGGGGGGCAAGAAGAUCCCCAGCACCACAUCGUGUUCACCACUACCCUCCACUGAUUCUGAUCACCGGGGCAUCAGUGACGGGCACGUCUUGCUCCUGCCAUACCCGGGAGCGCAAGGGCACACCAACCCGCUGCUCCAGUUUGGCCGCCGCCUCGCCUACCACGGCCUCCACCCCACGCUCGUCACUACGCGGUACGUGCUCUCCACCACGCCGCCUCCUGGUGAACCAUUCAGGGUGGCCAACAUCUCGGACGGUUUCGACGAUUGCGGCGCGGCCGCGUGCCCGGACCUCUCCGAGUACUGGCGCCAGCUUCAGGCCAUCGGCUCGGUGACGCUAGCAGAGCUUAUCCGGUCGGAGGCCUCCGAGGGUCGGCCCGUGCGCGUGCUGGUUUACGACCCUUUCCUGCCAUGGUCACGGCGGGUGGCGCAGGAGGCUGGGGUGGCGGCGGUGGCGUUCCUGUCGCAAUCAUGCGCCGUCGACGUCGUGUACGGGGAGGUGUUGUCGGGGCGGCUGCCGCUGCCAGUGGUAAAUGGGAAGGAGCUCUUUGCGCGCGGGCUGCUCGGUGUCGAGCUCGGGCCCGACGACGUGCCGCCGUUCGUGGCAAAGCCUGACUGGUGCCCUUUGUUCCUUCGGGCAUCGCUGCAGCAAUUCGAGGGGCUGGAGGACGCCGACGACGUGCUCGUCAACUCAUUCCACGAUAUUGAACCCAAGGAGGCAGAUUAUAUGGCACUAACAUGGCGUGCAAAGACAAUAGGCCCAACCUUGCCAUCAUUUUAUCUUGAUGAUGACCGUUUUCCGUUGAACAAGACCUAUGGUUUCAACCUCUUCAACAGCAGCGAGCCAUGUCUGGCUUGGCUUGACAAACAGCUUCCGCGUUCUGUUAUUCUUGUAUCCUACGGUACUGUCUCUAAUUACGAUGAAGCACAGUUAGAAGAGCUUGGCAAUGGAUUGUACAAUUCUGGCAAACCAUUCAUUUGGGUUGUGAGGUCAAAUGAAGAACACAAGUUGUCCGAUGAACUUCGUGACAAGUGCAAGGAACGUGGCCUUAUUGUUUCUUGGUGCCCCCAGCUUGAAGUUCUAGCACAUAAAGCUACAGGUUGUUUCUUCACACAUUGCGGAUGGAACUCGACAUUGGAAGCAAUUGUUAAUGGUGUGCCAAUGGUGGCAAUACCACACUGGGCAGACCAGCCGACCAUAUCAAAAUAUAUGGAGAGCAUGUGGGGCUUGGGUGUCCGGGUGCGCAAGGAUGAGAAAGGCUUGGUGACGAGGGACGAGGUGGAAAGGUGCAUCAAGGAUGUCAUGGAUGGUGAUAGUAAGGAUAAGUAUAGGAAGAGUGCCACUAUGUGGAUGCAAAAGGCCAAGGCAGCUAUGCAGAAUGGAGGGAGCUCGGACAAGAAUAUUACAGAAUUCGCCGCGAAGUACUCAUCAGGUCAAAAAAAUAUAGUGGCAUAGAAUUAGUAGGUGAGCAAUUUGUAGUCAAUAUUUGUUGGAGGUAUCUUCUGAAAUGUGGAGCGAGCCAAAAGAAAAUUUAUGACGGAACCGUCCAAUUUAACUA